UUGAGUUAAUAUAAAACUACCGUGUAUGUUUCACAGCGACUUUCUCUCCUCUCACGACUCACCAGUCACUACCCGUGCCGUAGACUCUUGCCAAGAGUCGUCUUCUGAACACGCCUAUACUCAAAAUAUCUUUCCCUUCCCCUUUCGUCUCUCCUGUUUCUUUGUCUCUGAAGAAACAAAUAGAAUAAUUUAAAGUACAAGCACAAGUCCAGGGUGUGGAGUCGUUCCUGAAGAUGAUGACAUGCAUAUGCAUGGUUCGAUAUUUCAAGAAACUUAGUGCUCUGUUCUUAGCAUUCAUCCUUGUGCUGAGCAGAGUGUCUGCAAGGUUUGUUGUGGAGAAGAAUAACAUCAGAGUGCUAUCUCCGUUGAGUCUGCGAGCAAAGCAUGACGGUGCGAUAGGUAACUUUGGAAUACCAGACUACGGAGGGUUCAUUAUUGGCUCAGUGGUUUAUCCAGACAAAGGGGCUAAUGGCUGUGAACCCUUUGAUGGCGUGACCUUCAAGUCCAAGCUUCCUCGCCCCACCGUUCUCCUCCUCGAUCGUGGAGAGUGUUUCUUUGCCUUGAAGGUAUGGCAUGGCCAACAAGCUGGUGCUGCAGCAGUAUUGGUGGCUGAUAGCAUAGAUGAACCUCUAAUAACAAUGGAUUCUCCCGAGGAAAGCAGUGAUGCAAAUGAGUAUGUGGAGAAGAUUGGAAUUCCAUCAGCUUUGAUAGAAAAGUCUUUUGGUGACAGCCUGAAGGAGGCCCUGAAGAAGGGUGAAGAUGUUGUGGUAAAAAUGGACUGGAGGGAGUCAGUGCCCCAUCCUGACCAGAGAGUUGAAUAUGAGCUUUGGACGAAUAGCAAUGAUGAGUGUGGGACUCGUUGUGAUGAGCAGAUGAAUUUUGUAAAGAAUUUCAAGGGCCACGCGCAGAUACUUGAAAGAGGGGGUUACACUUUGUUCACACCACAUUACAUAACUUGGUUUUGUCCACCGGCUUUUGUUUUUAGCAGUCAAUGCAAGUCUCAGUGCAUAAACCAUGGAAGAUAUUGUGCUCCUGACCCAGAACAAGAUUUUGGAGAGGGAUAUCAAGGAAAGGAUGUGGUGUUUGAGAACUUGAGACAGCUCUGUGUGCACAGAGUUGCCAAUGAGAGCAAGAGGUCUUGGAUUUGGUGGGAUUACGUGACAGAUUUCCAUAUCAGGUGCUCCAUGAAAGAGAAGAGAUAUAGCAAAGAAUGUGCUGAGGCUGUCAUGCGCUCACUUGAUUUACCAAUUGAGACAAUUAAAAAGUGCAUGGGUGAUCCUGAAGCCGAUGUCGAGAAUGAAGUCCUGAAAACUGAGCAAGAACGUCAGGUUGGCCGAGGUUCUCGUGGUGAUGUUACCAUUUUGCCAACAUUGGUUAUCAACAAUGCUCAAUAUCGAGGAAAAUUGGACAGAACUGCUGUGCUUAAGGCCAUCUGUGCUGGAUUCAAGGAGACCACAGAACCUCCAGUUUGUUUAAGUUCAGAUCUUGAAACCAAUGAGUGCCUCGAAAGAAAUGGUGGUUGUUGGCAUGAUAAACGAGCUAACAUAACUGCAUGCAAGGACACAUUCAGGGGAAGAGUGUGCGAGUGCCCCACUGUGAAGGGCGUGCAGUACAGAGGAGAUGGAUACGUAUCUUGCGAAGCUUUUGGACCUGCGAGAUGUACAAUUAACAACGGAGGUUGCUGGUCUGAAACAAAAAAUGGAUUAACUUUCUCAGCUUGCUCAGAAAACCAGUUAAAAGGUUGUCAGUGUCCACAAGGCUUCCGAGGGGAUGGUCAUAAUUGUGAAGAUAUCAAUGAAUGCAAGGAACGAAGUGCUUGCAAGUGUGAUGGUUGCUCCUGUAAAAACACUUGGGGUUCAUAUGAGUGCAAGUGUAAAGGUGACCUUCUGUACAUAAGGGAGCAAGAUGCUUGCAUUGAGAGAAAUGGAUCACGCUUUGGGUGGUUCCUCACCUUCUUGGUCCUGGCAGCUGUGGCGGGCAUUGGUUUAGUUGGCUAUAUAUUCUACAAAUAUAGGCUCCGGUCUUACAUGGACUCAGAGAUCAUGGCAAUCAUGUCGCAAUACAUGCCGCUUGACAGUCAACAUAACAAUGAAGUUCCUAGCGAGGCGCAACCAUUGCGACAAGGCUCAACAGCAUAAAUGGUUGCUAAACCUCGGUUGCUAUUUGAGCUAGCACGCCCCUGUUACUCACCAUGUUCUGUCGCAGAUGGAGGUUAAAAGCAAUCAGUACUACGCAUUAUGCUGGUGAUCAUAUCUAUACGCACAGCGCACGCUUGUUUUCCAGCUAUGGAGCUACCAUGAGAAGUUUUAUCUUUAUACAGAAAUUUUCCUUGACAGAUAACAGAACCCUCUUUUUUAUUUUUACUUCUUAUUUUUUUUCCCCACUUUGUAGUUUGUAGAUAAAAUAGUUGACAUAUAAACACGGGUUGAAUAUCAUGUGAUGGCUCAUGCUCUAUAUAUUCUAUACAAGUAAGAAAAGUAAUAGAAUAAGAGAAAAGGGUUGCUGUAAAAUUUUACCAGUUCCACGAUUUCCAAUCA